ACAGGUCCACCGAACGGCCUCCCAUUGGAGAGUGCGGACAGGGGUGUUAUGUUGGUUUUGUUGGAGUUAGCGUCCCGUGCCAGAGGCCCUGGUUCAGACAGGUUGACUCUGGUUUACACAAUGAGGGGGUCACGCUCGCUACAGAAGCGUUACAGGGGUUGUUGAACACGCAAAACUACCACAACUUUGUUAUUGAAAUGAGUGGUGGUGGGAAUAUGAAGAGGGACUACGACAUUACAACCAGGCAGCUCUCAACGAGGAGUUUCCAGAGAAAACUAGGCCUGUGAAUUUUAAACAUCCUCUCUUCCAAUGUCCGGACAUGAGUCCCUCUCCCUCUGUCCCUUCCUCAGUCGAGUUAGUGAAGGCGGCCGACAUCAAAGUCAUUGCUGCCCUGGGAGACUCUAUGACCACUGCCAUCGGCGCCAACGCCUCCAACGUCCUUGGGAUCCCUAUUGAAUUCCGUCACGUGUCAUGGAGCAUCGGGGGCUACGGUUCCUUCCAAGACGUCAUCACCUUGGCGAACAUCAUCAAGCUGUACAAUCCCAGUGUGCUGGGGGCGGCUCCCAGUAAGACGGUGCACGGCACCACGGCCCCGCUCAGCGAGACAGGCUUCAACCUAGCCGUCACCGGACACAACACCUUCAAUCUCCCUGGGCAGACAAGAUAUCUGAUUGACACUCUCAGGAACUAUGAGGGUCUUACCUUUGAGGAGGAUUGGAAGCUUCUGACCAUUCUCAUUGGCAUGAAUGACAUUUGUGAUUACUGCAAAGAUAAGGCUCUGUUUUCAGUCGACAACUUCAUCCACUACAUGACCGUCUCCUUGGAAAUGCUGAUGAAUGAGGUGCCUCGGAUGAUCGUCAACGUGGUCCAGAUCCUCCCCAUGGAGACUCUGCGGGAGGUCCAGAGACCUGCGCCAGGGUGCCUGCUCCAGCGGUCCUUCUGUUCUUGCCUGAUCAAGCCAGUGGCCAGUUCUCCUGAACUACGGGAACUAGUAGAGGUCAAUCUGGAGUUCCAGAAGCGUCUAGAGCAGCUCCUCUACAGCAAUCGCUUCUUCCGGGACGACUUUGCGGUCGUUCUUCAGCCCUUCCUGAAGAACUCCGACCCCCCCCGCCUGCCGAGUGGAAGGAUAGACAUGACAUUCUUCACCCAUGACUGUUUCCACUUCACCAUAAAGGGACACGAGGAGCUGGCUAAAGGCCUCUGGAACAACAUGUUUCAGCCCGAAGGACACAAGCUCAUGGUGAGCAGUUUCUCAGACCCCAUCGACCUGAUCUGUCCAUCACUGGAUCAUCCAUACAUCUUCACCCGACCCAGUGCAGCCAGCAGAGACGGCCUCCCACCCCCUGUCCUGGAAGACCCAGCCUCUGGGUCUCCGCCGUGGGCCCCCCGCCCCCUCGUCCUCUGGGCCCCGUUAGCCUGCAUAGCUCUUUGUACUCUACUAUAACGCCCCCGGCCGUCUGUCACGUUCAACACACGGCUAGUGCCAAAAGAACUGGUGUCUGCCAAGGCUGGACGAUACUAUUUACUAUUUAGUCUUUUAGCUGACACGUUUAAUCCAAACCGACUUACACUGCUUUUUUAACGGUGUGUCCUGGCUCCAAAAUGGUGGAUCGAUCCCCCAACCGACUUCAUGUCAGCGGAAACCCUACAGAACUCCCGUUGUAGACUGAGAACUCAACUGUUCAGACGGCAGCCUGGCCCAGGACUUUUGGUUUUAAUUUAGGUUUGGGUCGUUUUUUUUACCAUUCCUUUGUUGUUAUUCAGAUCGUUAUCAUUAUUUCUGCUCCAUCAACAACUAAUGUGCAGAAAAUUCAGCCAUUUAAUAUUCUGCUGCUGUCUUUGUUGGCCUACUUUUGUGGAAUAGAUUCUGGAACUCAUUUGCA